UUCCACAUUCUACUGAAUUGCCUGUACAUUUUCGCCAAUAACUUUGUUAGCAGACUGCGUGGAAAAAACUUUAUUGCAUCCGAAAAACGUAGUUAAUUGAUACAAAUUUACGGCCAAAACAAUAUUCCAAAGACAAAUCACCAAUAUACAUUGAUUUUAAGUUGUAAGAAGCACAACCAGACUGGAAAAAGGAGACUUCUGCAAGCCUCCAGUUCCAGGCCAGGGGAUAGAAGCUGCGACGCAAAAGGCGUCAAAAAUUGCAAACCAAGUUUCAACCCGGCAAGUCAUCGUUCGAGGCAGUUCAACUGUCAAAACAAAAACUAAAGAAAAAAUCAAAGAUUUUAAAGGAUCGAGUUAUAGAUUACAAAGUCGAAUCAAAUUAAUUAAUCAUGGUGCACACUGGAAUUUCACUGAACGAGCGCUUCACCCAGAUGCAGACGCAGAAGCCGCAGCCGCAGGGACGCGGACGCAGCCGCUCCAGAAGCAGGAGCCGCCGCAUUGUGGACAGUAACCCCGGGAAUCCGGGCAUUUCGGCGGCCAACUCCCGCUUGCUGCAGGAGUUCAAGCGUCGGCACACCGUCCAGACGGCCCUCAAGCUAAAGCGCAGAAGCUUACGGAACACGGCCGUGAACGGACGCGGAGCACGCGUCGGCGGCGUCAAGUCGAUGCGCCUGGCGCCCAAUGGAAGGCCCAUUCGGUCCAACAAUGUGACCCGGGUAGCAACGAUGCGCGCCGAUCUCGUGGCUAAUGGAAAUAUUGGUCGCAAUCGUCGCAGCGGCAGCGCUGCCCGCCGCUUACCCGCUUCUGGCGGAGGUGGUGGCGGUGGACUCCGUCAGCGCCUGGGACAACGUCGGCCUUCAGUAGGCGGCGCAGCAGAGCGCGUCGAGCGCCGUCAGCGACAGCAGCAGCAGCAGCAGACAUUACGCGGUCGCUCGCGUUCUAGAUCCCGUUCCAGGCUGCCGCAGGCACAGCGGGUAGAAAGAGGUCGUUCCCAGAGCCGUGGACGAAGCAGCGUUGGGCGGUCCCAAAGCCGCAAUCGCGGGGGCAAUCGUGACCGUUCUGCCCAGGGGCGUGUCCCGGUCAAGCAGCGUCUAUCGGUCAAGUACCGUUUGGGCCUUCGCCCCGGCCAGUCAAAUCAAACCAAUGUCCCAAAACAGCGGAGGGCAUCGAGCCAGCUUCGGGGCGUAGCCGGUGGGCGAGUCGAGAAGCGCGGCAAAGCCCAGAACACCCAGAAAAGGGGCAUAUCGGCCUCCCUCGCUGGACGUCGGGGACCACAACGCGGAAGAUCUGCUACCAGGAACGCUACUGCUGCUGCUAGGGGUGGUGCUGCUACGGGCUCUGCUCCCGCCUCUGCGCGUCGCUCACGCUCACGCAAUCGCGCUGCCGCUGUAGCUGCUGCCGCUGCCGAUGCCGCUGCUACUACACCGGGCCGCCGGGCCAACCCUCGCCAGCGACGUGGACGCAAUCCGGCCGCUGCCAAGGGGAAUAACAACACCAAUAACAAUAAGAAUAUCAACAGAAAUGGUAACACCAACAAGAAUGGCAAGGGAAAGAUGGCCAUAAAAGGCAAACAGGGCCCGGGACCGCAGCAACAGGCUCGCCGGGGACGCAGUCGUAGUCGCAAGCCGUCCACAGGCAAACCCCAGCGCCCAGAGGUGAAGCGCGAAGAUUUGGACAAGGAGCUGGAUGUGUAUAUGUCCACCACCAAAUCAGAGAUGGAUUACCUGCUAAAGUAAACUUAUAUCGGUGGACCGAAGAUGUGGCCACUCGGGAAGUCGCGUGGAAUUUCGAGGAGGAGAAAUGCAACCACCGGAUAUUGAGCAGACUUUAUUUCUCUUAGCAUAAGGUUAACCCAUAGUUAAUAGUUAUAUUUUAAGCUGAUUAUCCAUUCUAACAUUACGUGCUCACGAAGAGCCAUUUAACUUAGCGAUGUUUUUGCGAACAAUCCUUAAGUUUUCGUGUACAUACAUAUGGCAUGCUCUCAUACUAAAAGUACAUCAACCCGAGAAGUUUGUUGAUCGAUCAAUGAUAUUGUUAAUCGCUUUUCCCGAAAUACAUAUUAAUCAUUGCUCAAACUAGAAAA